GACACUCAGACAGACAGGUGGAGCUGGAUCCGCAGGAGCAGAAAGCGAGUUGUGGCAGACAGGUGAAAGCUAUUGAUACAGUCAGCUUUUUGCGAUCUGAGGGAAUAUUUUUCAAUAUUUUUUUUGUAUAAUAUUCCUUCCAAUUCCCAAGUUCGACCGUGCGGACUCCCCCCCCCCACAGUUUUUCACUCCAGUUACCGACUGAUGGAGAGGACAUCCUGCUAGGCAUCCACCUGGCGACAUGUCCUCCGUCAGAAGCCUGCGCGCUACAGUCAGAUAACCAAUCGCCUUCAGCCUCCUCUACAGAUGGCCUUCCUCCAACAGCUGCGACUUCUUCUCUGGAAGAAUGGGCUGAGGGUCAUCAGACAGCCGGUAUGGUCCCUGACUCUCAUCGGCUGGCCUCUGGUCAUCUUCAUCAUCGUCGCUGUGACCCGCAACCAGUUUCCCGCGAUUGUAAAAGAUACAUGUUACGUCGGACCCCGCAACCUACCCAGCACAGGCUUCUUCCCUUUCCUGCAGACCCUCAUGUGCAACACGGACAGCAAUUGCCAUAACAAAUCGCUUGGAUCAAAGUACACUGAGAAAACUCCAGGCAGGGCAAGGUCUUCCCUCCUGUCGGAGGGUUCCCCGCUGGUGAGCCUGAUUCAAGGGACAGGUUCUUUCAAGCUCACUUUCCCCAAUGACUCCAGCGGUAAUCCAGCCGCACUGAUCGAGGUCCUCAGCAAGAUCCUGGGUCCAAUAUCCCAAGGAAGCCCGAAUAAUGUCUCUCUCAUCAACACCACUCUUCCGGGAGAUCAGGAGAGCAUGAACAAAAUGCUGGAGUCGGUGAGCCUUGUGAAGAGGGCCAUCUGCACCUUGAUAUUACCGUUGGUGAACACGAGCUCGCCCGGCCCCCUCGUCUACUCUGUGGUCACUUUCUGCAAGAGCAACAACACUGUGUUAGAGGUGUCACUCUACACACUCAACCAGAUACUAACAGAGCUGAUGCAGAAAAAAACGGAUGAGAUGGUGACGGUGUUCGGGAUGGCGGUGAUGAUGAUCGACCAGAUGCAAAAUCAGACCUCACUGUGGGAAAGUCUCCUGGCUCUUCCUCGGCUUUUCACCCAAGGAUCUGUUGACCAAGUGCUGGGCAGCGCAGACGUUCUGCUCGUCAACAUACAGGGUGCUAUGCGUGUCAUCGAGAAAAACUUCCCUGAAGCCGGUGCCUCACUUUCCCCCGUGCAUCCACUGCUCGUUGGAGGCAUCAACGUGAUUCGCUAUAUUCAAAACUGGCCUGGCAAAGAUGUGUCCAUUUCCCUCGGAGAGGUCGUCACCUUGCAGAAUGACUCACUUAGUGACAUGGUGAAAUACGUCCUACGAGAGGUCCAGAUACCACUGGACAAGGCCAUCGGCCUGACGAUGGACAGGGGCAUGGUGCGCUCCUACCUGUGUGACAACAGCACAAACCCGAUUUGGCUGAAGGCUGCGUGCAGCACAGGCACUGUGGACAUGCUUCUGCGCUGGAUCAGCCCUGACAAAGUGGCGAAGCAGGCUCUCCUGAAAUGGAGUAAGCACGUUGCUCCGCAUGACGUGUCCUUCGCCAAAGGGCUGCUGCACAGUCUGAUUGGAGGUUUAUCCCCAGGAGGUCAGGGAGGCUCCAACACCACGAGGACCCGCCGUAGCGUGGAUGCACAACCACAAAAUAUCGAGGAGGAGCUGUUUUUGAGCGUCGGCCAAGUGGUGAUGGAGGUUAUAAAACUUGUUCCUGAAGUGGAUAUGGUUGUCCAGAGCCUCCUCAGAAGUGGCUAUCAGUCCAUGAUGUCAGCAACCACGGCCCUAGACACUGUGGAAGAAAUGAUGACCAAUAUCUGGAAAGAUGCCAAUCAACUUAAAUCGACUUAUACAACGCUGAUGACAAACCAGUCUGAGGCAAGCGUUUGGAUUGGUCGUGUCCUGGACAGUGUGAUGGGACUUGUUAUGAAGACUCUGGCAUCUGAGAAUUUAACUUGUGAGGCUGUCCUGGGUCCCUUCGAGUGGCUCUUGACCUCUGAGAGCAUAAAGAUUGACGCGUGGAGGUCAGUGAUCUGCCAAAACAGCUCUUCUCAGCAGCAAGCUCUACUGAAGGACUGGCUGCCAUUGAUUCAGAAGUCACAAGAGGUGUACGCCGCAAUCACAAGCCAAACGGACGACAACGCAACACUUCCCAUGAUUCUCUCUGAGUGGCACCAGUUGAACAACAAGAGCAUGCGAUUUGGAGAGUUUCUGAACAGACUGGCAACAGAGCUGGGUGGAGCAUACUGGAUGAACUGGAUGCCAGACAACAGCACUCAUGAUGUCACGCAAGCUCUUCAACAAAGUGUUUUCUUGUUCAUGGUGAAACUUGGAGGAAUGAUUGAGAGAAGUCAACUGUGGCCCGAUGUAAAGAACUACUUCCACAUGGUUUACUGGGUUUUGAACUACAGGCCUGGUGUCGUAACUCAGCCAGCCAACUGCUCCGUCAACAGCUUCACCUUAGCCCUUGAAUGUGAUACUGGUUUGAACUGGCCACAAUUUGUGCAGGCCAUGACUCAGGCUCUGCUCUCACCAAGUCAAGACGUCCUGGUGAAUGGUCUCAAAGGGACUUUGAAUCUUUUGCAGCAUUUGUAUGGUGACAUCUCUAAACAUCUGGUAGCAUCGUUUUUGAAACAAGAAAUCAAGGGAGGAGAUGCACUCUCUGCCUACCUGGUUAACCUGAUGCACAACCUGGACACGUUUUUGCGUGUUGUCACCACCCUUCCCGACAGCAGCAUCUCUAACCCUGAUGUCAUACUUCCUCAAAUAACUGCCCUGUUACAGUCCACAGGUCUGGCACCAAUGCUGCCUCUGCUCCUUGGUGACAGCCCCCUGAAUGUCUCCACGGUGCUUGAUAUUGCCUCAAAGCUUGGCAGGCGCAACCAGCACAUUUUUACCUUCAACGAGACCGACCCAACAAUGCCUGAGUUUGAGAGGCUGAUAAUGCAGUUCCUUUCCUUGGAGGGUAACCUCACUCUUGCUCUCCCCCACAUCAUGGGGCACAGUCUGCUUACCUAUUCUGACUACUUUCACCCAGAUGUUGUGGCCCAGCUCAGAAAAGCAAUGCAGCCUUUCACCAACCAAACUUCCUCAGGUAUUGUGGAGACCAUCCUCAGUACCAUUGAGCUACUGAAGACAGUGACCGAUUCCCCAAAUGGUGACCCUACAAAAAUCAUUCUUGGGUACAUUCGCCAGCUUCAAGAAUUGGUGAUGUCCAUGUACAGACUACGAAGAAUCGAACAUCUCCUGUUACCAAGUGGGCAGCUGAGCGCAGCACAAGUCACUGAUCUCCACCUGCUUUCCAAGGACUUUCUCAAUCUCCUCACCCCUGAGAGUCUUCAGAACCUGACACAGGCUGGACCAGAUGCUGCCCAGAGCAUUGUUUUCCAGAAAUUUGUGGCAUUCCUACCACAGGAGUACCAACAAGGAGCUGCUCGCUUUCUCCAGGAUUUCAAAGCUCUGCAGUAUCAGUUGACCAAAUGUGCAGCCGGCCAAGACUGUGUUGCUGGAAUCUCUGAAAUCUUCACCUUCAUGCACCAGAUAUUAGACCUGAUAUCCUCAGCCAAUGGCACAGUCACCAUCAAAGUAGCUGCAACCAACUUGGUUCUAGUAGGACGGGAAUAUGAGGAAAUUGCAUCCCAUUUCUUCACACUCCUUCUUGGCCCAAAUGAUUCUGCCACUGUGGAGACAUUCAAACAGACUCUCAAUUUAAUCAGAUCGCUCUUGGCUACGCCGAAUAUUUCUGUGUCUGAUGUCCAGAAUGCUCUAGGACAGUCAAACCUAACCCAUGCGGAGCUGAAUAACCUGGCUGCACUACUUGGAGCUGCUAACAUAAACGACCUGCUGGUUAGCAUAAUGAAGAUUGUCAAUACUAGCCAGUGUUUUGAACCUCAGCAUGACCUCAUGGUGACAGCCCAGUGUGUCAUGGGGUUGAUAAAUGGUGUCAGCGGUUUCCUGCAACACGUACCUGAUCUCCGUAAUCAGACAGCCAUCCUCUCCCUUAUCCCGCUGAUCGUCAAUGCAACUUUGAGAGAUGUCAUUCAAGCCAACUUCAGCUCCAAUCCAAACAUGGUUCUUGCACACGCCUUGAACAGCACCAUGGCCAAUAUAAAGACGAGCCUCCAGAUGAACCAGCUGAACACUCCAGAGAUCAUGAAAGAAAUCAGAGUGGUGGAGAAUCUGAUACAACUAAUUACCAACAUGGAACCAUUUAACAAUCUUAACUCUCCCUUGAUGAUGGACCCACUGUACACCCAGAAAGUAUAUUUGGGGAUUGUGGAAUGGUACCUGAAAAAGUUGGAAAAUAUCACCAGAAACAGCUCGAUCUCAGAACUUCUCCAUCCAUUUUUCUACAUUGCACAAAUGCAAGUGACAUUACAGCUGGUACAGACAGAUUUAUCUUUGUUAGUUACUAACCAGGUUGAAUUCCUGAUGAACAGCCUCCAGUACCCAAUAGAUGGUGUAGGGCUUAGUAAAAUUGGCCUGGCAACUGUUAAGAUUCUGGAGGGCGAAUUGAACUUCAUAAAGUUGAACCUAGAGUUUCAACAAAACAUUGCAGGUUCAGUGAUGUUGUUCAAUACUACCAUGUUAAAUGCUAUUGAGACUCAGAUUGAGCUAUACCUCGACCUCAUCAAACGGUGGAUGAAACAACCCAAUGUCCAGUUGAUUCUCACCAGUAUGCUCCAAUGGGGAAACUCCUCCAUAAACAUGUCCACCCCAGCGACAGACAUUCAUCAGCUGCUGCAGUCUAUGGCUAUAUUUCUCGAUAAUGAUCAAAGGGCCUAUCUCUCUGUAAUUGGCAAUGUGACCCACUCCCUGAACAAAGCCCUAAUGGUGGCAGAGCAACCAGGUGGCCUACAGAGUGACCACUUCUUAGCUGCCAUCUUGGAAGCAGUCCAAAGUGCAAUGCAGCUCCUGACCGCAGCCACAGGCCCCCUGCCGCCCUCUGUACAGCAGAACAUCCUGGAGAUUGUGCAGGAUUCAUUAAAGCUCACUGUCCAGCCAGACAUGGGCUUUGCCUCGUCACUCAACAUCUCCCUCCGUAUCCUCAAGAGAACGGAGAGUGUUGUCCAACAGACAAUACCAGACAUGUUUGCCAUGUACCUGCUUUCUGGAAUAAAACUAGCAACCACAUAUUUUGAGAGCAUCUCCACAGCGUCUGGACCAGACACCUUCAAUGAGAUAAUUUUGAACGAGAUGAAGACAGUCGAGAGCCUUCUGCCACCAAACAGCACAGCUCGGGCCUACAUUUCUGCGGUCAUUAACAUCACUCAGUCCAUCCUGGAGUCAGGCCAAGGCAAUAUGAGUCUUUGGGCCAAUGUCCAGGUGAUUUUCACCAGUAUAAUCCAAUGGGGAAACCCCUCCAUAAACAUGUCCACCACAGCGACAGACAUUCAUCAGCUGCUGCAGUCUAUGGCUAUAUUUCUCGAUAAUGAUCAAAGGGCCUAUCUCUCUGUAAUUGGCAAUGUGACCCACUCCCUGAACAAAGCCCUAAUGGUGGCAGAGCAACCAGGUGGCCUACAGAGUGACCACUUCUUAGCUGCCAUCUUGGAAGCAGUCCAAAGUGCAAUGCAGCUCCUGACCGCAGCCACAGGCCCCCUGCCGCCCUCUGUACAGCAGAACAUCCUGGAGAUUGUGCAGGAUUCAUUAAAGCUCACUGUCCAGCCAGACAUGGGCUUUGCCUCGUCACUCAACAUCUCCCUCCGUAUCCUCAAGAGAACGGAGAGUGUUGUCCAACAGACAAUACCAGACAUGUUUGCCAUGUACCUGCUUUCUGGAAUAAAACUAGCAACCACAUAUUUUGAGAGCAUCUCCACAGCGUCUGGACCAGACACCUUCAAUGAGAUAAUUUUGAACGAGAUGAAGACAGUCGAGAGCCUUCUGCCACCAAACAGCACAGCUCGGGCCUACAUUUCUGCGGUCAUUAACAUCACUCAGUCCAUCCUGGAGUCAGGCCAAGGCAAUAUGAGUCUUUGGGCCAAUGUCCAGAUGAUUUUCACCAGUAUGCUCCAAUGGGGAAACUCCUCUAUAAACAUGUCCACCCCAGCGACAGACAUUCAUCAGCUGCUGCAGACUAUGGCUAUAUUUCUUGAUAAUGAUCAAAGGGCCUAUCUCUCUGUAAUUGGCAAUGUGACCCACUCCCUGAACAAAGCCCUAAUGGUGGCAGAGCAACCAGGUGGCCUACAGAGUGACCACUUCUUAGCUGCCAUCUUGGAAGCAGUCCAAAGUGCAAUGCAGCUCCUGACCGCAGCCACAGGCCCCCUGCCGCCCUCUGUACAGCAGAACAUCCUGGAGAUUGUGCAGGAUUCAUUAAAGCUCACUGUCCAGCCAGACAUGGGCUUUGCCUCGUCACUCAACAUCUCCCUCCGUAUCCUCAAGAGAACGGAGAGUGUUGUCCAACAGACAAUACCAGACAUGUUUGCCAUGUACCUGCUUUCUGGAAUAAAACUAGCAACCACAUAUUUUGAGAGCAUCUCCACAGCGUCUGGACCAGACACCUUCAAUGAGAUAAUUUUGAACGAGAUGAAGACAGUCGAGAGCCUUCUGCCACCAAACAGCACAGCUCGGGCCUACAUUUCUGCGGUCAUUAACAUCACUCAGUUCAUCCUGGAGUCAGGCCAAGGCAAUAUGAGUCUUUGGGCAAGUUUUGAGAGUGCAUCACUUGAAAAUGUGCCCAUGAUACUGAGCCAGGUGGGCAAACUUGUGAGCAUGCUUUUCAUGGGGAGUACAGGCUUACAGGACACAAUUGCUUCAUCUCUGGGCGGCUUUGCUCAACUUUCUCCGUUCCUGAGGCAGUUGAUGACUGCAGAGACGGUCCAAGACAUGUGGGAUGCGCUUGAAAAGAUGCUUGGAGCUCUACUGUCAUCCAUCGAGGGAACAGAACUAUGGCACAAUGUCUCAUCUGUUGUCCCAGUGUUUGAAAAAAUCAUUGGGUGUAUGGGGAAAAACAUGCAAGCAGAGAAUGUGAUGAUACUAAGCCUUCAGAUGCCCGUGGUGACCUUGAUGAAAGAAGUUGCUCGCUCUGUGAAUUCCAGUCAUUUUAACUUGUCGGAGGUCAUGGAAAGACUUCAGUUUGCCAUUGAGCGCACGGUGCAGCCGGCUGAGCAGGCUAAUGGCACCCUGGAUUGCAGUGAAGUUCUCAAAGCAUGGGAGCCAGUGGGCGAGGCAGCAGGGUUAAGCCCUGCCACCAUGGCGAUGUGGUGCAACAUCAGCCUGCAGCCUGUUUUGGAGGCCCAUGCUGCAGCCCAGACCGUUUACUCCCACACGAACAUGACUCACAUGGGUGUGGGACCAAUGACUGUGAAUGCCACAGCUGCCAAGAUUGUCACGGCCAUGCAGACUCUGUACCACGUCGGUGUCAACCGAACGCUGGUGACGGAGCAGCUCGUCGAGGCUUUCUCCUACCAGAUCUCGACGCUGGCGGGCCAGCCUCUGAGCCUCCAGGCACAGCACAACUGGUUCAAGCAGCUCCAGGACGCGCAGUUACAAAACAGCCUGUCUUCCAUCAAAAUGCUCUCAGAUGAGCUGCUUAAUGUGGCCCCAUUCCUCCAGCCUUACGUAGAAGCUAUGGAAAAAGCAAUGCGCCACAUCAUCCACAACUCCCAUCUUCUUCAAAACAGCAGCUCCUCCCAGGACCUCGUCAAACAGGUAGCGAUGAUCUUCCUGGCCUCUGCGAACAUCACCUCGGACGACGUCCUCUCCAUGGUGCGGGGGGACUUUUCUGGAGUCAACGAGGCGUCUAUUAUUAACGCGAUGAGAGAAGCUGUCAAACUGAUGACGGACCUGAAGAUAUUCGGUGAUGAGCCUAUGGUUUACCAAGCCUUGGAGCAAUUUCUGGCAUCCAAUGACACAACUUUGAUAUUGGAGAAGGUGGCUGAGAUGACGGCGUGGUUGGCCUCCACUCAAGCAUCUGGACUAGAACUGCUGAUGCAGGCGCUGCCCAAAGUGGUCGACAUCCUAAGGUCCAUCUUGUCUCUCCUGACCAAUAUGAGCGCGGACAUGCCGGCAAACACCGAGCUGUUUGAAGGCCUAGCUGAGAACAUAAUAGCAAUGCUUAGGCAGUUGUUGAGCACCAGUGGUCUUCUGCCUCCCAUGAGUCAACAUCGGGGAAUGUAUCUGACCACAAUGACUGGCAGUAACCAUACGACGAGGAGCCGACACAGACGCGAGGCCCCGUUUAUGCCCACAAGGGACCCCAUGGAUGACUUCAUAGACCUGUUCUACAUCGAUUACCCUGCCAUGUUCAAAGCCAUCGCUGUCCCGCCUACCACAGGAGAAAUUCUGGAGACGGUCCACAUGUUCCUUGCCAAUCCUGAUCUGAGUGUUGUGUUGAAGGGAGCUACCGGUGACAUGCCGUGGGGUUUGAAUGCCUCUCGGGAGGAGACCAUUAACUCUGCCCUUGGGAUGCUCUCGCUUCUCACAUUGCCCGAUGCAUUUCAGAUGUCACCACUGGAUAUCCUGAAGAAUGCUGUUGAUAUGCUUCCCAAUGGCCUUCCAUUCUCCUCUGUGUUUAAAAAUAUCACCAGAGCUCUGGCCAGUGAUUCUCAAGAGUCUCUGAUCCUCUGGCAGCAGAUCUUCCAAAGUGCCGCUGAGCUCUUCCAAAUGAACAUGACAAGCCAGCAAUUCACAGCGCAUCUUGCCCUCCUGAGAUCCCAGGUGUGCGCCCUGGAGAAUACAGAGUCUGGACGUCUGCUGCAGUGGUACCUCUCCAUAGAGCGCGGUCAGCUCUGUCGCACUAUUCUGCCCAGCCUGCAGAUCCUGAUUGAGAGUGUGAUGGUUAAUACCACCUCACUGACUGAUGCCAUCUUCCAGACCAUCAUCGGCAACCCAAGAACCUACGAUGUCCAGGCAAACUGGACCUCCGUGUUGGGUCAAGGUUUUGACUUUAACACCAGCAGCCUGAGCUCUCUCAACAUUAACGUCACCUCCCCAGGAGUGGUGACGGUCGGGGAGUUGCUGAGAAAUAAAACUGCCUUUGUGCUGGAUGUUCAGCGACACAUGGAUUUCGAUCCAGCAGCUCUGUAUCUGCUGAUGGGAACCGUUGUACCAAACAACAAUUUAGAGAUCCUGUUCUGGCUGGUGAACCUGCAUGACUGCAACGCCACAGCAGCCAUGAACAUGAAGGCGUCAGAUGUGGUCAUCUUCAAGACCUUCUGCUCCAUGUCUGUUGAACAGUGGUACAGCUUUUCACUGCUGAUGGCCCGCCACCUCAACAUGGAAAAACUCAUCUACAGAGUGGUGUUGUCCGAAGAAAUGCAGACCCUGGUGGUCAUUAUGCUCAAGAUGGCGGAGGCCUUAACAGACAUGAUGGACACGAUUCUUCCAACCAUAAAAACACUGCAAAGCUACCUGCUCUCCAUCAGAGACCUCAACCUGGUGGCCAACAACGAAUUCAAUCAGAUGACCAGAGGACAGAAAUCCCCCAUCUCUAGCCGUGCUACGUUCGUCACCCUCUCUCGAGCGUUGUGCAGUAAUGGUAUCCUGGCUCUGUUUGGACUCUCCAAUCUGCCCGCCGCAUCGGAGUCAAAACCCUCCUUCCCAAGUGGACAGCAGCGGGAGGAGAUGAUUGACAGGUUCAAGAUUCCACGGAAUGCCACUCCCUUCUGUAUGAACAUGUACCUGGACAUGGUCAACACCACAGGAGGAGCCAUCGCCUGGGCUUUCCUCAAACCAAUGCUGAUGGGGCAAAUCCUGUACACGCCUGACACACCGGUCACAAGGGGCAUCAUGGAGAAGGCCAAUGCCACCUUGCAGGAGUUUGCAAAUCUGAGGAAGCACUCAGAAGACUGGAUGGGAUCCUCCAACUACAUCCUUCAGUCUGCUGAACUACUUGGCCACACUUUGCCAAUGCUGCAGAAUUCCCUCAGCAAUUCCUUUGUUAAGAAUUUCAUUGAGAUGCAGACAGACAUCGAUGUCGGCAGAAUGAAAGAGACACUCAGCAACUUCUCAAACAUGACAGUGAUGCUGGAGAAGAACAAGCACUUACUGACCCAGAUCACCACCUUGUCCACGCUGAUGGUGGACCUGUCCUCCUGCAUCAAGUUUGACCGUUACCGUGGCUACGACUCUGCCGAGCAGCUCAACACUGAAGCUCAGGAACUUGCGAAAAAACGCAAUCUCUACGCAAGUGUCGUCUUCAAGCUUCCCAAAGAUGAAGACCCGUCGAGGAAGCGCCAGGCCAGGUCGUCCUCCACAUCUUCCCUGCCUCCCAAAGUCAGCUACACGAUCCGCAUGCAUAUGGACAACGUCAUGCGUACUGACCGAGUGCGGGACCCCUUCUUUGUGAAGGACACGCACAUCUUGGCCAGGCAGACGAUGCGCUACAACCGGGGAUUUAUCUACCUCCAGGAAAACAUCGACCGGGCCAUCAUUGAAACCCAGACCGGGAAGAGAGUCACAGAGCCGGCCGUCCAGCUGCAGCCCUUCCCCUAUCCGUGCCAUCUCCGUGAUGAGUACCUGGAGGCCAUCUCUUUUGUCUUCCCACUCAUGCUGAUGUUAGCCUGGUUGCUGUUCGUGGCUGAUUUUGUGAAGAAGCUCGUGCACGAGAGAGAACUGCGGCUGCAUGAGUACAUGAAGAUGAUGGGAGUCAACCCACUCAGCCACUUCUUUGCCUGGUUCCUGGAGUGCGCCUCCUACCUGGUGUUGACCAUCUUCAUCCUCACUCUGGUGCUGAAGUUCGGCAGAAUCCUUCCCAACAGCGACGGCUUCCUCCUGUUCUUGUACCUCUGCGACUAUGGCCUGAGCAUUCUCGCCUUCAGCUACCUGGUCAGCUCCUUCUUUGACAAGACCUACAUCGCCGGCCUGAGUGGCAGCCUCCUUUACAUCCUCUGCUUCUUACCUUUCAUCGUGGUCAAGGCCCUGGAGGCGAAUCUCACCUUUUCCCAGAAGAGCGCUCUGAGCCUGUUUUCCCCAACCUGCUUCAGUUACGCCAGUCAAUAUGUGUCUCGCUAUGAGACCCAGGGAGAAGGAAUUCAAUGGAGCAACUCGUACACAUCACCCAUGGCUGGCGACACAACCUCGUUCGGCUGGCUGUGCUGGCUGAUGCUCAUCGACUCCAUCCUCUACUUCGUCAUUGGGGCUUACAUCCGCAUGGUCUUACCAGGAAAAUAUGGCAUCCCAGCUCCGUGGUACUUCCCCUUCAAAGCCUCCUUCUGGGCUGAACUGUGCUGCUGCAUGAAGUCCAAGAUUAAGGCGGGCAAAGGACUCCUCUUCAGCAACAUCAUGGAGAAAAACCAGCCUGUCUUCUCCGACGACAAGGGAAAAGGCCCGAGCACGCUUUCGUUCCAGGCCGGCGAGGAUUUCUCAGAGCUCCCUGUGGGAGUUGCCCUCCAUGGUCUCAGCAAGAUGUAUGGCGACCGUGUAGCCAUCCAAAACCUUAAUGUUUCCUUCUACGAGGGCCACGUAACCGCGUUGCUUGGCCACAACGGAGCUGGCAAGACCACCACCAUGUCUCUCCUGACUGGCCUGUUCGCCCCAUCGUCCGGCGCAAUAGACGUGUACGGCAGAGACAUGCAGACCAACAUCGACGACAUCCGCAAAGAGCUGGGCGUCUGCAUGCAAUACGAUGUCCUCUUCGACCACAUGACGGCCAAGGAGCACCUGCUGCUCUACGGCCAGAUCAAGGCCCCGCACUGGUCCCGCGGGGAACUGCGCGAGCAAGUCCGAACGAUCUUGGAGGAGACGGGCAUGUACGCUCACAGACACAAGCGGGUGGGCACCCUGUCGGGCGGCAUGAAGCGCAAGCUGUCAAUCUCCAUCGCCUUCAUUGGAGGCUCUCGCUUGGUGGUUCUGGAUGAACCCACUACAGGAGUCGAUCCUUGCUCAAGGCGCAACAUCUGGGACAUUGUUAUCCAGCACAAGAAACAGCGCACCAUCAUCAUGUCCACCCACCACCUGGACGAGGCUGAAGUGCUCAGCGACCGCAUCGCCUUCCUGGAGAGAGGGGGCCUAAAAUGCUGCGGGACCCCCUUCCACCUGAAAGACAAGCUGGGACAAGGCUACAAACUCACCCUCACCAAGAAGUUGCAGAACCUAGAAUCUGAAGGAAUUGACGACUCCGAGCUGAAGGGGUUCAUCCAAGCCCAUGUACCCGAAGCACGAUUGAAGGAGACCCAAGGGGGCGACGUGAUCUACUCACUACCCCCCUUCACCUCAUCCAACGCCGCCUCAUACCGCUCCCUCCUGACCGCGCUGGACUCCAACCUGGACGCCCUGCAGCUUGGGUGCUAUGGCAUCUCUGACACCACCCUAGAGGAGGUGUUCCUCCAGUUGACUCGUGGAAGCACAGAGGCUGGGGAUGAGAGCGUCCCCCUGUCGAUCUCAGAGACCAUUUCUGAAUCGGGAUCUAUGGACAGUUUCUCUUCAGUAUCCAGUGAAAACGUUGGUGACACGAUGAAGCUAACCAGCUCAUCCAUAGAGGGCGGCAUGGCUCUGGCCUGGCAGCAAAUAUCAGCCAUGCUGGUCAAGAGGUUCCACCACAGCCGCCGAGACUGGAAGGGCCUGAUCGCCCAGAUCCUGCUUCCUGUUCUGUUUGUGGUGUUUGCCAUGGGCCUGGGCGCCAUAAAGAAGGAUCUGCAGCACUAUCGCGAGCUGGAGCUGAGCCCUGCGCUCUACAACAUCGGACCAAGCUACUCCUUCUUCAGAAACCAAAAUCCCAGCUCCGGGGAGCUGGUGGACGCCAUGAUGUCAUUCCCUGGGAUCGAUAACGCCUGUCUUGACAAGCCUGAAAACCCGGUCUGCACAAGGAACACAAACAACUGGGGUUCCAGGGGGAACGGCUCAAAAGGAUUUAGUAUCUGUAAAUGCACCCGUCAGGAACAGAUUUGCGAUGGGGACAACUACCAGCCGCCACAUAAGAAGAUCCCUUCAUCUCAGAUUGUUUAUAACCUCAGUGGCAUCAAUGUGGAGAACUACCUUGUGGCCACAGCCAAUGACUUCAUCAGGAACAGGUACGGCGGCUUUGAUUUUGGCAUGCAGCUUCCUCCUGACUUACAGAUGGACCUUCGAGUGGUGCCCAAAAACCGCACUCUGUCUAAGGUCUGGUUCAACCCUGAGGGUCACCACACAAUGCCAGCGUACUUGAACAGCCUCAGCAACUUCAUCCUACGCUCCAAUCUUCCAGCAGACAAGGAUCCACGUCAAUAUGCCAUUUCAGUUUCCAGUCACCCAUAUUUUGGUCGGACAGAUGAUGAAGACGCAAUUAUUCAGGGAGUACUCCAGAUCUUUGUGGCCAUGUGUGUGCUGACGGGCUACUCAAUCACAACAGCCAGCUUCGCCAUCUACGAAGUCGGCGAGCAUCACAGUGGCUCCAAGAGGCUCCAGCACAUUGCCGGCAUCAGCGAGCCCUUAUACUGGGCUGUGAACUUCUUCUAUGACAUGGUCGUGUAUCUGAUCCCGGUGACUUUGACUGUUGGUGUGAUCGCAGCCUUUCAGGUCCCAGCGUUCACAGAUCGGCAGAAUCUGGCUGCCGUCACCCUCCUCCUGGUUCUCUUUGGGUUCGCUACCUUCCCCUGGAUGUAUCUGUUAUCGGGAGUUUUCAAGGAUGCAGAAAUGGCCUUCAUCGCCUAUGUGUGCCUCAACCUUUUCAUCAGUGUGAACACAAUCAUGUCCACCUCCAUCCUUUACUCUCUGGGACAAAUUUCAAUGCGCGACACUGAGUUCGUCCAGGACAUCUACGAAAGGAUGAGCCAUGCCUUCCUAAUCUUCCCCCAGUUUAGCUUUGGGAAUGGGCUGACGGAGCUGGCCAGGAUGAACAUAAAGGUCCAGAUCCUCAGUGGCUAUGACAUUGACGCCUAUCAGAACCCAUUCUCCACAGAUGCCUUGGGCUGGAUGUUCAUGUCCUCCAUCAUCCAAGGCCUGGUCUUUUUCACCCUGCGCCUCUUGCUCAACAAGUCCCUUAUGCGAAAAGUCAGGCAUUUGAUUUGUGGCAGAAAGACAGUGCCAUGGGAGGCUUGUGAGGACGAGGAUGAGGAUGUGGUAGCUGAGCACCUACGGGUGUCCAGUGGAGCGGCCAGCUCAGACAUACUGCAGGUCAACCAGCUCACGAAGAUCUAUCAACACCUUAAGAAGAAGGUCCAUGCUGUCAAGAGGCUCUCUGUGGGCAUCCCUGCAGGAGAGUGCUUCGGUCUGCUGGGAGUGAACGGAGCAGGAAAAACUACCACCUUCAAGAUGCUGACUGGAGAUGUGAGCCCCACAGACGGCACAGCACAGACCAGGGACAGGGACGGGCACUUAGUAGACAUCAUGGAGUGCCGCAACAAGGGGAUUAACAUUGGCUACUGCCCCCAGGAGGACGCACUGGACGAUCUGCUCACCGGCGAAGAGCACUUGUACUUCUAUGCUCGCAUUCGAGGCGUCCCGAAGAGGGAGAUAAAAGGGGUGGUGAACUACCUACUGAGGAGGCUGGAGCUCAACUACCACAGAGACAUCGUUACUGAUGGUUACAGUUGCGGCACCCGCAGGAAGCUCUCUACAGCGCUGGCUCUCAUUGGACACCCACAAAUCCUGCUCCUGGAUGAGCCGAGCUCUGGCAUGGACCCACGCACGAAGCGUCACCUGUGGAAAAUCAUCUCCGAAGAAGUGAAAGGAAAAUGCGCUGUGGUCCUCACCUCUCACAGCAUGGAGGAGUGUGAGGCACUGUGCAGCCGUCUUGCCAUCAUGGUGAAAGGUCAGUUCCGAUGCCUGGGCUCUCUGCAGCACAUCAAGAACAGGUUUGGCAGCGGGUUCACUGUGAAGAUGUACUUGGCCAAUGCCUCCUGUGAUGCAGAGGCAAUCACUUACUUCAUGCAGCGCAGAUUCCCCAGCACUUACCUCAAGGACCAGCAUUCCACUAUGGUGGAGUACCAUGUAGCAGUUGCUCCAGGUGGGGUGGCUGACAUCUUUGACCAGCUGGAGUCAAACAAGACUGCUCUGCAGAUCAAACACUUCUCUGUGAGCCAGACCACACUGGAUGAGGUCUUCAUCAACUUUGCCAUGGAAAAGAUCGGCAUGGAAACCAUACCACUUCACAGUGAAGAGGAAGCGUGUGAUGAUCUGGGCUUCAAUAAGGCUGUGCAAACAUAGAACUGAGUGCUGACUGCUAUAGCUUGAGAGAAAUGAUAUGAUAAAAUAAUAAAGAGAAGUUAUAUUAUUAGAUAUUUUUCUUGGGAGUCUCCUGACUAAUGAUGUGAAGGAUAACCUAACCAACGUGACUGAAUCUAUAUACAUGCACACAUGGAAAAGGUUGAUAAAUGAAGUUUCUUUUUUUCUAUCUUGCAGGUCACAUGAUAUCACUAGUUUGUUAACCUUUUUUGAGGGAUAAAACUAAUCACGUAAACUAUUAAUUUCUCUCUGUGCUUUAUGUACUGUUUACUAUAUAAUAUGCCAUAGCAAAUCAAUGCAUUAUGCCUUGUAUGUACUUUUAGGUACUUUUACCCUACUCAUCAACGCUUCCUUUAAGGGCAUUCCUAACUUUUGGAAUUGAUCAACUGAAUAUUUGAUGUACUCUUUCCUAGUUAUUAAAUGCAUCACUCCUAUUUCUUUUUAUCAUUCUAAUAAAGAUAUUUUUCCAAUGCAA